UUCAAUUAUUUUAAAUAAACAUGAGUUUUUUAGCGCGUGUGAAAACCAGGUGUUAACGUCACAUGUUAUAAUUUCAAGCAUUAGCAAAACGAUAUAAAAAUAAGUAGUCUUAAUCGACAGGAAUCAUUUUACACGAAGAAUCAACAACAACAUGAGAAAAUUUAUACUUCUUACAAAACUGUUGACUUUAAUUUUAACCGAUGUUUUUACCAACUCUAACGCAACCAACGAACCAACACUUGUUCAACCGUUUAACUUUACCGUUUUUGACAAUGUUAAAAACUUCACCAAAAUUGGAACAAUCAAAUCAACUUCGAAUGCAACUAUUCAAUAUUUUAUAGUCAGCGUUGAGAGCACUUUGGAAGAUGAAUUUUUCAGGAAACCAAAUUGGAAAUCUAUUACCCUCAACGGAUCGCUUAUAGAUUGCAUGCAGUUGGUACUUUACGACAUACCAAGAAGUCAUUUCUGCAUUGAUCACAAAACUGGUGAGCUGUACACAACACCAGAGUUCUCAAGGACCAAACCAAGAGUCAACACAACUUAUAAGAUUACUAUUCGUGCACAAUUGAACCGUGAAAUGUUUACUGAUCAAGUUUACAAUGUUUUGGUGAUGUCAGAAUGCGACCAAAUUACCAUAUCAUAUAAUAAAAUACCAAAAACUAAUUGUGAUAAUAAUAAGAUGCUUCAAUUAAAAGAUAUUUCAAGGAACACCACUAAAGUUUCUACUUUCAGUCACAGUUAUUUUGUAGAAGACGUUAAAUUUUAUUUCAUUACGUCGCUUACCGUCGAUAUGACCAAGGAAACGGCACCCGAAGCGGGAACAACAACUAUAUAUAUUCUAUUAAAAUACCACAACACCGCUCAAAACGUAAGCUUCGUGUUUCAAACAUCACAGAAGUAUUAUAUCGAUUUAACUCCAAUUUUUGACGUUAAAAGUCCAAUAACUAUUCAAGUAGAGUUAACAUUUUUCUACACAGACCUCACAGGCCGAAAAAUUAACGGACCGUAUAGACUUAACCAAAACCUAUUCACUUUUCAUGGAUUCAAAGCAUUAAAUGAUUACUGCGCUCACUCAUAUGGCAACUGCAUCUUGUCGACGGAAAAUUACUUACAAACAGUUAAAAAAUUGAGUCAUUGUAAGAGACAUAUUGAUGAGAAUUUGUAUGGACUAAAGUAUGGCAACUGCAAUGGUAGCAAGCUACCAAAUGUAUUUAAUACUACAUUGGAAUUGGAUCUUCCGAGAGAACAAAUGAUAAAAAUAGUUGACGGAACAUUUAUUGGCAAGGGUAACUCAUAUGCAUACAAUUUGAUCAGAGUAACUGGAGCACAAGAUGGAGAUUUCGGUAGUGGCUUCCCGCGACCAAACGAGUGUACUUCAGAAGAAGUAUAUACAAGUCCGGGACAUUUUUUUUGUAUUAACAACAUGAAUGGUACCAUAUACACGACGGCGUCUGCAGACAACCAUUUAAAAUCGAAUGACACGUUUCUUUUCCAAAUGGAGGCAACAACCAAGACAUUACCUUUUCGCAAGAAACGCUUUACCCUUAAGUUGACAAUCACAGAUCUUUGCUCUCCUGGAAGUCAACAUUAUACUGAUUUGAUAACCCAAUGUAGCGGCAUACUUCUUUCCAAGCCGACUGAAAGUCUACUCUUCCCAACUAAUGAGUUAAAGGCUAUUCUUGGUGUUAGAGUCGAUGCUUCUUUGAUUUUGCUUGAAAGCAGAAGCGUUAUAAUUCAAGCUUCUGUACAUGCAAUAAAUUUCACAAAAAAUUUUACCCAUACUAUUCAAAGGUAUAGUGGUCAAAGAUAUUACUACUUUUCCGUGCAGGAUUUUAUUUUCGAUGGAAAAGCUGGUAACAACGUUCGCUUCCAAAUAUACCAAGCAUCAGAAAACAAUUUCAAGAAAAUUAAAAAUAUUGCUAAAGAUCAACUUGCAAUGGUAUAUGUAUCAAAUUGGCGAAGUUGCGACCUAGAAAGGUGCUUGAAUUGGUAUCGGUCAUGGAAGACUGGUUUAACUUUAUUCAAAGAUGACUAUAGAUGUACUGAGGAUUACCGAUUUGCAGGCCUUUAUUAUGAAAGAUGCUUAGAUUUAGAGCCACAUUUUCUAAAUGGACCAUACGCAGAACUAACGAUUAUUGAUGGUUGCAAGUAUAAAUCGGUUGUCAAUUUAAACAAAUAUGCAUUUUACUUGCUAAAUAACGUUACUAGAAUCAACAUAACAGAGGGAAAAAGAAGAAGAAGAAGGAGGAGGAAUGCUGCAAAUGACCCUAAUCUCCUUACCUACGAUUUUCCACGACUGGUUCUCAACGAUUUUAGACAACAAGGAGAUAUUCAAUGCGCCCUAUACGAUAUCAAAAGAAUGUCGCAGCCGGUGUUGUCCGCAAGUAGAAAAGUCAAAUUCACAGAUCCAAGUUUUCUUGGGCAACCAAGAAGUUUAAAUGGUACAGCUGGACUGAGUCUCAGUGUGCCAGGAUGCUCCUUACAAACAGAAGUCAAAUUAAAUAUCCGCGAUAUGUUUCACUUAAGAAAUGGAACUGAAAGAAUUAACCUCACAAGCUCCAUAGUCAGAAGCUCUAAUUUCCCGCGAUUUAAUUUCAGCAAACUAACCUUUGCGGAUGCUGGUUCAUACCAAUGCGCAAUAUUUGUGCCUGGAUUUAUGGAAGCCCCAAUUACGUCCUCACCCUUUAACAUCACGGUAAAAGAAUUGAAUGUAACCCUCGAUGGUAAUCUAAAACUUCUAUUGAGAGACAAUGGAAUAUAUAUUUUGGAAGGAUGCUCUUUUAGAGCAAAGAAGAAAUUAAACAAUUAUGCCUACAUCUUAUAUAAUGGCAACAUACGUAGAAAUCUUACAAUAACGUCAUCAGGAAACAAACAUACAUUUACUGGAUACACCAUCAAUAAUUAUGAACAAGCAGGCUCCUAUCAGUGCAUAAUCUAUGAUCCUUCGGCGAUGAAAGCGCCUCUUAAAUCCAAUAUAGUGUCCACGAACUUUACAGUUCCUAAAUUCACAAGUAAUCCACAACCGGAAAGAAUUCCUACAUUUGCUGGAGAAUCUAUGCGCAUUAUUGGAUGUGGCAUAGAGACUGAUUUGCCUCUAAAUGGAAGUCAAUUAUAUUGGAAAAAAAUUUACAAUCGAAGUACCACAAGAUUACCAGCACCGAUACAUUCUAGAGUGAUGCCAAGUUUUUCUACCAUUAAAGCUAAGCUGACAGAUCAAGGGACAUACCAGUGUGCAUUAUUUAUUAAAAGUCUGAUGUCAUCACCAGUACUCUCCGAAUUAACAAUUACGGUUUCUUUGACAGCUUUGAAUGCUCGAUUUUUGACACAGCCAAAGAUCGAUCACACGAAAGGUCUUCCUGUCGUAUAUGGUUGUAGCUACCAUUCACAAAGGAAUCUAGCAAGUGCUCUUUACUACCGGUUAAACGAAACAACCCGGAUUACCGUAAUCCCUACUAAUCCUGAGGAAGAGAAAUUUUCUGACAAAGGUUUCGAUAGAACAAGACAAUUUUCAACAACUGGUGACAAUCUGACAUACAACUUUCCAAACUUGACUAUUGGUGAUUACAGGUCAAUUGGGAAAUAUGAGUGUUAUAUUUUUGAUCCUGAUACAAUGAGGAAAGAAGUAAUUUCAACUCCUACCGCUAUGGUAACGCUUCCAGCACCAACUUUUCACAAAGCACCUGAAUAUAUUGGAAGACCACCCAAGAAAGUUGGCGAUGGUCUCAGAGUGGGAGCAUGUGAAUUCUCAUCAGUAUCCAAAUCUAUACCAAUAUCUCGUAUCUAUUGGUUAAAGGACGGUUUUCAAAGAAUCGAUUUAGGAGAUAUCAAGCGAGUCCAACAUGCCACGGGCUCAGUGUAUAUGUUUCCUUCACGCGAUUACGAAAUAUCUGACAACUCAACUCAAGGCUAUUUUCAAUGUGUUGUUCAUAUACCAGAGCUGGGAGUCGAAGUCAAAUCACAGAAAAUAAAUGUUCAAUUUGAAGAUGUUUCCGAUACACGAGUUGUAGUAAGAAUCGAUCAAACAUUCACUCCAGCACUUUUGAAUUCAUCAUCACUUGAAUAUGUAGCAUUGAAAAAGAAAGUUGAGUCACAGGUCAGAGUUGCACUUCAAAAUUUGGGAGCUACCAGCAAUAAACAAAUUGUUGAAGUUAUCGGAUUCAGCAAAGGAAGUGUCAAUGCUGUUACUAAAGUACGCUUCGUUAAAAUUUCAAGCACAACAAGACUGAAUUACUGUGAUUCAUUGAAAGGUUUAGUAGUGGAGCCAUCCAAAGAUUUAAAUGUAUUGUCAGUAAAAGUAAACAGUCUAGAUUGCUGUUUUGAGAAUGAAACAGGAGAAGAUUCUUUCAAAGGUGUGUAUCAUUACAACAAAACUCUUGUCAAUAACACUGAUUCGCAGAUACAAAAACAAUGUCGUUACUCGACUACUAGGAAGAGUUAUCGCGUUUGCAAGAGAGACUUGGAGCUAGGUCCCCAAUGGUCUGAUGUUGAUUUGCGUAAAUGCUUAGCUAAGGAAGUUACAACGCAAAACUUAGAAAUUUUGAGUCAGGUGGCUGUAUGCAAUGUUACAAUUACUACAAAUUGCUCGAGUGUUGACGAAGUUGCAGCAAACUUAAGUGCAAUUGUAUCUAAUGGCUCAGUGAUUACCACGCAACAGGAUGUUACCUACAUUGCCAAUACCAUCAAAAAUCUUGUUAACAACAUUCAAAAUGCACUAAACACCGAAAUUGCAAAUGACAUUGUUAAAACAGUGAGUAAUGUUCUUGAUGCCAAUGUUGCCAUUGUUGCUAAAGCUCAAUUGAAUACCAAAUCAUCUACAUCAAUUUUAAAUGAUUUGGAUGAAUUAGCAAGGAAGCUUGGCAAAUUGCUAAAAAGAGGAGGCAAACUCGCGAGCAUCAAUGCAGAUCAGCCAAAUGUUGCAUUGAAUGUUAGAUACUUGGAACGUGGUAACAUCACGAUUUAUUCCCAACAAAUUAAUGAAAACGUUCGAAUUUUUAUAACUUCAAAUACGUCGAUUCCGACGAAUAUAUGGUCAUCUUUACGCAUCCCAGACGUAACGUUUCCCGCCAUGAAGGAGGUGUUAUUUUCGUACUUCUUCCGACAAAAUUCGUUGUUCUUAACUGAAGAGGAAAUCUUAAAGAGUAUCUAUAAUCAAAGUAACUUAACACGAUUGAUCCAAAGUACUAUCUUAGCCGGAACUCUUGGCGACAAACAUAUUACCAAUUUGACAAACCCUAUCCUAUUGAAAUUUGAUAAAACAUAUUAUGUUAAUGAAGAAGGAAAAUCUAGUUGUGAGUUUUGGGAUUUCACGAAAGGUUCACUUGGAAGUUGGUCAUCAGAGGGUUGCAAACGUAUAAACGAAAGUGAUGAUAAAUUUAUCACAUGCGAGUGCACCCAUUUAACAAAUUUUGCCAUUUUAUUGGACCCUUCACAAACUUGGUCUAACCCAAUCGAAUUGCAAAUUAUAACGUGGAUCGGAUGUGGUCUAUCUUUGGCUGGUUUGUUGUUGACACUUAUAACAUUUUUAGCAUUUCAAAAUUUACGCAAAAAGCUACCUCCAAAGAUCUUGAUAUGCUUAUGCUUUUCACUGUUGAUCUUGCUGAUUGUAUUCUUGGCUGGUGUUGAGCAAACCGAUUCUGAUGGUGGUUGCAAAGCCGUUGCCGUGCUAAUACACUACUUCACACUGUCAACUUUUUGUUGGAUGGCUGUUGAAGGUCUCAACUUGUAUAGAUGCUUCGUAAAAAUAUUUAAGAAAGGGAGCGCAACUAAAUUUCUAAAGAAAGCAUCACUCUUUGCUUGGGGCUUACCAGCUGUUAUCGUUAUUGUGACUGCAGCAGCUAAACCAGAUAAUCUUGGCAAUGAUGAUUUCUGCAUCGUGGCGGGUUAUUCAUUCUAUUUUGGUGUCUUGGUACCAGUGGCGACGAUUCUUCUUAGUAACUUUAUAGUGUUAGGGCUUGUCAUGAGAGGCCUAUCAACCAAUGUUAUGAACCGCUCCAACGAUAACGAAGAAAAUCGAAUUUUGCGUCAAGCCCGUGUAGCUUUUGCAUGUGCUACCCUUCUUGGAUUGACAUGGGUGUUUGGUCUUCUAGCAGUUGGUAAAGCAACAACAUUCUUUCAAUGGUUGUUUUGUAUUUUUAACUCGCUUCAAGGCUUCUUCAUCUUCUUGUUUUACACCGUAAGAAAUACUGAUGUAAGGAAAGAAUGGGCACGAUGUUUAGGAAUUUCAAUUAAAGGAGAUUCGACUCUUUCUACGGGAACUGAUAGACAUGAAAUGGAAAAGCGUGGGGAAGAUCAUCAUAACCUAACGUCGGGCGUCACAGCCACAACGUCAGGAUGAAGAUAUUUGCAACACUUUUUUAGGACAACCAACAUCAUCUUUACUAAGUACGGGCAAAUCAGGAUUCUAUUCAGUGGAAGGUACUUCUUUGGCUGCUGAAAAUGAAGAAAUGAUACGAUUGCAAUCAUUUCAAAUUUAAAUAACGUAUUAACUAUAAACGAGAUAAAAAAUAUUUGUAUGAAUCCUUUUCCAGCUUUAUUAAAGUGCAGAAACUUCGCCUUUUGCAUACAUAAACUUUUUAGCAUAAGCCAUAUUAAAAGAUUUGACGAACGUAAAUGUUAGCGUUUGCGAAUUCAAAAUUCUCCGACAAUUCAACAAAGUCUCUUCUCGCGGAGGUUUCUCACGCAACAAUACCUACAAUCUUUUGGUAUUUUGUUCGAAUCUCAUGUAUAGUCAAACGCCUUUGAGAACUAAGUUACGUUUUACUCCCCAGUGUGUAGCAAUACACCAGUAAUAUACCUGUGUUUUGUUAUGAUGUAUAUGUAUAUACAACAACUACUCGUUUUCUUCAUAAACUUGUCACUUGCACAAUCAGCUAUUAUAUUAUUUAUUGAAUUAUACACUCACCUCGAUUUUGGUAAUUAUACUUAAAAAUAUUUAAUGAACAACCUUUUUGUAUAUUUUGUACGUUCUCCUUUUUACGUUAUAAUCCUCAAAAAAAUAUAAUACAAAAUCCGGAA